AUGCAUCGGAAAUAUCAACGAGUGUUGACUUCAAUGGUUUCAAUCUUAGGACACUUUAUGGCAAUUGUGGCCAACAAUUGGGUGUUAAUUGUCUUUUCAAUCAAUAAUCUCUGUAUAAAUCGGUCGUUGACCACAGAUGGCUGUGAAGACAGACAACAGCCACAGAUUUACACGAAGAACUCAAUGGACAGAUUCGGUGAUGAUUUGUGUCAACUAUUAUUGUCUUACCUGUCAUUUGAAGAUCGGUUUCAAUGCGAAAGUGUCUCUAAACAGUUCCAGAGGACAGUCUUCGGGAGUGUUGUCUGCAUUGAAAUCAACGACCGAUUUAUACAGAGAUUAUUGAUUGAAAAGACAAUUAACACCCAAUUGUUGGCCACAAUUGCCAUAAAGUGUCCUAAGAUUGAAACCAUUGACUGCCGAAGAAUAUGGAUAUCAGAGAAUAGGGAACACAUUCCCGAAGUGUUGGCCAUAUUUCGAGACAAUUGUCUUAAUUUGCGGGAAAUUUACUGUAAUUUAUGGCAAAAUAGCGGACAAACAAUGCCUACAAUCGGACCACUGGUCACACGAAUCAAUGUUAUGGACCAUAAUAUCGACACUCAAUCACUCACUCAUUGCCACCGAUUAUCUGAAUUGAGAGUCAAUUAUUUAGACAAAGUCUUUGACAACAUUUCCGGACAACUAAUGGCAAAGAAUUUGCAAAAAUACGAGACUCACGAGUGUUUGACCGAAAUGUGCGGACAAUUGUCACGAUUAACGCAAUUACGGGAAUUGACACUCAUUUUGGAGAUAAUCUUUGGCCAGAAGUCAUUGUCCGCCGCUUUGCGUAUAAUCGGCGAGAAUUGCAAACAAUUGAAACGAUUGUCAAUUCAUUUCUACACCGAAUGCUAUACUGAAACCAAACUCAAAACAUUGGAUUCGUUGGCAUAUUUUUAUCGAUUAAAACGAUUGGAAUUAUUACUCAAUUUGCCCGUCGAUGGCGUGGUAUUGGAUCCGUUGAAACACUGCAAGAGAUUAACGCAUUUAGUGAUCAAUAAUUGGCGUAAAAUGGACGACACAUUACUCAUUGAUUGCCACAAACACUGCCCACGACUUCAAUUUCUACAUAUUUAUGGCAACUUAACGAUGAUUAACACCCGUUGUUUGGCACACAUCUCAAGACUACCGGCGCUGCAGAGACUGGCCGUUCAAAUCUAUGGACACUAUACCUGUCUCUCGGAUAGUGAUUGCGAAGACCUGUUGUCUUCGAGUCCUAAACUCAAAAACAUUGAAAUCCGUAUUAAAUCAAGUGAUUGUGCGAACGAUAUGGCCCAACAGUUGACACAAACGAUGGCAUCACUCGAGACCACAGAUGGCUGUGAAGACAGACAACAGCCAAAGAUUUACGCGAAGAAAUCAAUGGACAGAUUCGGUGAUGAUUUGUGUCAACUUCUGUUGUCUUACCUGUCAUUUGAAGAUUGGUUUCAAUGCGAAAGUGUGUCCAAACAGUUCCAGAGGACUGUCUUUGGGAGUGUUGAUUGCAUUGAAAUCAACGACCGAUUUAUGCAACAAAUCCUUAAAACAACAAUCACUGAAACGUUGGCCACAAUUGCCAUAAAGUGUCCGAAGAUUGAAACCAUUGACUGCCGAAGAAUAAGGGUUUCAGAGAAUAGAGAACACAUUCCCGAAGUGUUGGCCAUAUUUCGAGACAAUUGUCUUAAUUUGCCGGAAAUUUAUUGCAAUGUAUGGCAAAAUAGCGGACAAACAAUGCCUACAAUCGGACCACUGAUGACACGAAUCCGUGUUAUCGACGACUUUAUCGACACUCAAUCACUCACUCAUUGCCACCGAUUGUCUCAUUUGAGUGUCAAUUGUUUGAGUGAAGUCGUCGACACUUCCGGACAAAUAAUGGCAAAGAAUUUGCAGCAAAUUGUGUUAAAUUUCUAUUCACAUGAACACCAAUUGUCUGCAUUCGUGGCACACAAUCAGUCACUCAAAUGCUUUGUCGUUGAAAAUUACAUCGAUUUACCUGAAGAGACACUGAACGCACUGACGGCACAAUUGUCACGAUUACCACAAUUACGGGAACUGACACUCAGUUUGAAAGUAACAGAUAGUCAGCACUCAUUGACAGACUCUUUGCGUCCAAUUGGCGUGAAUUGCAAACAAUUAAAACGAUUGUCACUCGACUUCAUAUACACUGAAAAUUAUGAAUUCAAUCGCAAGACAUUUGAUUGGUUGCGAUAUUAUCGGCGAUUAAAACGAUUGGUUUUACGCAUAUAUGUGGACAUCGAUGACGAUGUGUUGGAUCCGUUGAGACACUGCCGACGGUUAACACAUUUAAACAUACUUUUAAUGUCAAUGAAUGCAAAAGCGGUGGAAAUUUCUAUAUUCGAGUCGUUAUUAGUGUUGGAAUUGAAAAGUGAAUCAAAAAAUAUGGCCCAACAGUUGACACAAAUGAUGGCAUCACUCGAGACCACAGAUGGCUGUGAAGACAGACAACAGCCACAGAUUUACGCGAAGAACUCAAUGGACAGAUUCGGUGAUGAUUUGUGUCAACUGCUGUUGUCUUACUUGUCAUUUGAAGAUCUGUUUCAAUGCGAAUGUGUGUCCAAACAGUUCCGGAGGACAGUCUUCGAGAGUGUUGUCUGCAUGAAAAUCAACUACAGAUUUAUGCAACAAAUUCUUAAAACAAGAAUCACUGAAACGUUGGCCACAAUUGCCAUAAAGUGUCCGAACAUUGAAACCAUUGACUGCCGAGGAAUAAGGAUUUCACAGAAUGUUUUGGUCAUAUUUCGAGACAAUUUCCGACAUUUGCGGGAAAUUUACUGCAAUUUAUGGGAAACCAGCGGACAAACAAUGGCUACAAUUGGACCACUGGUCACACGAAUCCAUUUUUAUUUCGAGUCUAAAGACACUCAAGCGCUCACUCAUUGCCACCGAUUGUCUCAUUUGCGUGUCGAUUGUUUGAGUCAAGUCUUCGACACUUCCGGACAACUAAUGGCAAAGAAUUUGAGUAAAUUUACGUUACGUUUCUAUUCUGAUGACGAUUACUACCGAUUGUCUGCAUUUGUCGCGCAGAACGAGUCACUCAAAUGUCUUGAUGUUUACCAUAACAUACGUGUAUCUGAAGAGACACUGACCGGACUGUCGGCACAAUUGUCACGAUUCACACAAUUACGGGAAUUGAAGCUAACCUUUGAGAUAAGCGGUGAUCAAACCUUAGUCACCGACUUUUUGCGCACAAUUGGUGUGAAUUGUAAACAAUUGAAACGAUUGUCACUCCAAUUGUUGGACACCGAACGCGGUGAAUUCAAUCGCAAGACAUUGGAUUCGCUGCGAUUUUUUUGCCGAUUAACACGAUUAGAGUUACACAUAUAUAAGACCUUCGCUGAGAUAGUUUUGGAUCCGUUGCUACACUGCAAGAGAUUAACGCAUUUAGAAUUGGAUUUAUUUAAUAUGACAGCAAAUGUGUUGAAAGAUUUGCACAUAAAGUGUCCGCGACUUCAAUACCUAUUCAUUCAUGACUUCCAUAGCAUUAUAGACACCGAGUGUUUGUCUCACAUCUCAAGACUACCGGCGCUGCAAAUGCUUGUCAUUCAAUGCAAAGGAGGCGAUGAUCUCUCGGACAAUGAUUUCUCUGAUCUGUUGUCCAGAAGUCCUAAACUAAAGACCAUUGAAGUAAUGAUUGAAGGAGAAGUUCAACAGUUCUCAAAAAGUCUAUAUUCGAGACAUAUCACACAACAGAUGAAAUAUAAGAAGACAUCACUCGCGACCACAGAUGACGGCAAUGAAGACAUCAGUCAACAGCCACAAAUCUAUGCCAAAGACUCUUUGGAUCGAUUCGGUGAUGAUUUGUGUCAACUAUUAUUGUCUUAUCUCUCACUCGAAGAUCGGUUUCGAUUGGAAUGUGUGUCCAAACAGUUCCAGAGGACAGUCUUCACGAGUGUUGUGGACAUUACUCUCACGCAUAGAAAAUUCAAAAAGCACUACAAGAAAAAGGACGCCCAAUUCUUUGUUCCUCUACAAGAUAUGGCAAAACAGAAGAAACACACGAAGACAUCACUCGAGACCACAGAUGACGGCAAUGUGGAUGACAUUCAACAGAUUCAAAUCUAUGCGAAGAACUCAAUGGACAGAUUCGGUGAUGAUUUGUGUCAACUAUUAUUGUCUUAUCUCUCACUCGAAGAUCGGUUUCGAUUGGAAUGUGUGUCCAAACAGUUCCAGAGAACAGUCUUCAAGAGUGUUGUCGACAUGAAUAUCAACGACCGAUUUAUUCAUAAAUUGCUGAUAAAUGAGAAGACAAUUGACACCCAAUUGUUGGCCACAAUUGCCAUAAAGUGUGCAAACAUUGAGACCAUUGACUGUCGAGGAAUGCAUUUAUUUAUGGCACACAUUCCUAAAGCGUUGAAAACAUUUCGAGACAAUUGUCUUAAUUUGCGAGAAAUUUACUGCACUUUACCGACAAUUAGUGGACAAACAAUGCAUACAUUGUGGCCAAUGAUCACACGUUUCGGUGGCAAUACAUACUAUGUUGAGUACAGACAAGCGCUCACUCAUUGCCACCGAUUGUCUCAAUUAAUAGUCGAUAAUUUAGACCAAGUCUUCGACACUACUUCCGGACAACUAUUGGCGAAGAAUUUACAUAAAUUUGAGUUAAAUUAUUGUUCAAACAAUUAUAACCACAGAUUGUCUACAUUUGUGACACACAAUCUGUCCCUCAAAUGUCUUGACAUCAGUUAUCGUAAUUACGAGACUCGCGACUCACUGAUGGAAAUGUGCGGACAAUUGUCACGAUUAACACAAUUACGUGAAUUGAAUCUCGUUUUGGAGAUAAUCGGCGGACAGUAUUCAUUGACCAACUCUUUGAGUACAAUUGGCGUGAAUUGCAAACAAUUGAAACGAUUGUCACUUCACUUCUACACCGAUAGCACUCAAUGCAAGCGCCAGACAUUGGAUUCGUUGCGAUAUUUCCAGCGAUUAAAACGAUUGCGUUUAACUCAACUUGAUUUGCGUUUUACACAAAUUCAUCUCUCGUUGGAUUCGUUGAGUGAUUGCAAGAGAUUAACGCAUUUAGAGAUCAAUUUAAAGGGAAUGGACGUCAAAGUACUCAUUGAUUGCCAUAAACACUGUCCACGUCUUCAGUAUCUAUGGAUUGAUGGCAACCGAAACAUAAACACCUAUUGUCUGUCUCUCAUCUCAAGACUACCGGCGCUGCAAACUCUUGUGUUUUGCUUCAUUGGAUUCAAUGGUCUCUCGGAUAAUGAUUUCUGGGAUCUAUUGUCGAGAAGUCCUAAACUAAAGACUAUUGAAAUCCGUGUAAACUAUUUAUCCAAUUAA